CGGCGACCGGCGUGGGGCUGGCGGCGGGUGUUGGCCGCGGGACGCCGGGGGAGAGCCGGCGGAGCCGGCCCUGGCAAGUGAGGAGCAGCUGGGCCCCGGAGAGCUGGGCUGAGGGGGCAGCCACGAGUGUGUCAGGUGGGCUCGGGGUGGCCGGGCGGCGCUCGCUGCCGACUUUUCGGCUGGGGAGAACCACGCGCCGCGCCUUUGUACCCACGAGAGGUGUGUCCUGAGGCACGGGAAGAGCCAGGAUGGCCUGGGCGCUGAAGCUGCCCCUGGCGGAUGAAGUGAUCGAAUCCGGACUGGUGCAGGACUUUGAUGCCAGCCUGUCCGGGAUCGGCCAGGAACUGGGCGCUGGAGCCUACAGCAUGAGUGAUGUCCUUGCGUUGCCCAUUUUUAAACAAGAAGAGUCAAGUUUGCCUCCUGAUAAUGAAAACAAAAUCCUGCCUUUUCAGUAUGUGCUCUGUGCUGCCACCUCUCCUGCAGUGAAGCUCCAUGAUGAAACCCUGACAUAUCUCAAUCAAGGACAGUCUUAUGAAAUCCGAAUGCUAGACAAUAGGAAACUUGGAGAACUUCCAGAAAUCAAUGGCAAAUUGGUUAAGAGUAUAUUCCGUGUCGUGUUCCAUGACAGAAGGCUGCAGUACACCGAGCACCAGCAGCUGGAGGGCUGGAGGUGGAACCGACCUGGAGAUAGAAUUCUCGACAUAGAUAUCCCAAUGUCUGUGGGGAUCAUCGAUCCUAGGGCCAAUCCCAACCAGCUAAAUACAGUCGAGUUCUUGUGGGAUCCUGCAAAGAGGACAUCUGUGUUUAUUCAGGUGCACUGCAUCAGCACGGAGUUCACCAUGCGGAAACACGGCGGGGAGAAGGGCGUGCCCUUCCGAGUCCAGAUCGACACCUUCAAGGAGAACGACAACGGGGAGUACACCGAGCACUUACACUCAGCCAGCUGCCAGAUCAAAGUCUUCAAGCCCAAAGGAGCAGACAGAAAGCAAAAAACAGAUAGAGAAAAAAUGGAGAAACGGACACCUCAUGAGAAGGAGAAAUACCAGCCUUCCUAUGAGACCACGAUCCUCACGGAGUGUUCUCCGUGGCCCGAGAUCACAUACGUCAAUAACUCCCCAUCACCUGGCUUCAACAGCUCCCACAGCAGUUUUUCACUUGGGGAAGGAAAUGGUUCCCCCAACCACCAGCCAGAACCACCGCCCCCAGUGACAGACAACCUCUUGCCAACAACCACACCUCAGGAAGCUCAGCAGUGGUUGCAUCGAAAUCGUUUUUCUACGUUCUCCAGGCUUUUCACAAACUUCUCAGGGGCAGAUUUACUGAAACUAACUAGAGAUGAUGUGAUUCAAAUUUGUGGCCCUGCAGAUGGAAUCAGACUUUUUAAUGCAUUAAAAGGCCGGAUGGUGCGUCCAAGGUUAACCAUCUAUGUGUGUCAGGAGUCGCUGCAGUUGAGGGAGCAGCAGCAACAGCAGCAAAAGCACGAGGAUGCAGACUCCAACGGCACCUUCUUCGUGUAUCAUGCCGUCUACCUGGAAGAACUGACAGCUGUUGAGUUGACAGAAAAAAUUGCUCAACUUUUCAGCAUUUCCCCAAGCCAGAUCAGCCAGAUCUACAAGCAGGGGCCAACAGGAAUCCACGUGCUCAUCAGUGACGAGAUGAUACAGAACUUUCAGGAAGAAGCCUGUUUUAUCCUGGACACAAUGAAAGCAGAAACUAGUGAUAGUUAUCAUAUCAUACUGAAGUAGGGGCCGUUCCCUGCCCAGUGACUGCUGCUUUCUUCACCUGCUGAGAACUGCCCUCUGAGAGAUGGGUGUGAGUGGAUCUCUGCAGGAA